ACGUUCCACCUGACGUCAUGCCGUGUAUGAUUGGCCAUCUUCUGCGUACCUCGCUGUGAUUGGCUGUGGCUCAUGCUUCCUGAGAUCCUAAGCCCCGCCCCGCCGCCGCUCCGCUACACCCUUGUUCGGACAAACCCGCCGACCCUCCCUGAGCUCAUCGCUUACCGGACCGACAGACGACCGGAACCCGGUGCUCCACACCCGAACGGCAGCCAGGAACCACGGCCGGAACACGGUGGCUGGUGGACGUCUGGAGUCCUGCAGGACCGACCCGGCCCAGAGUCUCCCUCCUGACCCGGGAUCAGGCUCCAGCUCCGUCCUAAUCCCCCAAAGAGCAUUAGCGGGCUAAGUUUGGUCCUGGACGGCGCCGGGCGGUCAGAGCGGACGUCACCAUGAUGCAGAUAUCGAACUCCUACAACCAGAAGAACUCGCUCUUCACCGCCAUGAGCCGCUUCAUCGGCGCCGUCAACAACAUGGACCAGACGGUGAUGGUGCCCAGCCUGCUGCGGGACGUCCCCCUGGAGGACGGCGAGGACCUGAAGGCCCCGGAGUCCGCCCCGGAGUCCGCCCCGUCCACCAACGGCUACUUCCAGCCGGACGGAGACAUGUACAGCUCCUACGUCCUGCUCAAGUCCAUCCGGAACGACAUGGAGUGGGGCGUCCUGGGCGACGAGCGGCCCAAGGCCGAGGGGGAGCGCGGUGACGACGACGACCUGGAGAAACAGUUCCACUUCCACCUGAACGGACUGCAGGCGGUUCUGUCCAAGCUCACGCUAAAGGCUAACACGCUAACCAACCGCUACAAGGAGGAGAUCGGCUGCAGGAACUGACCCGGCCCGGGCGAUCCGCAGCUCCGCUUAGCUCAUUACCUACAAAACCUAACACCCACACAUUAAAAAGCCAGAUUAUUGACGACCUUUGACCUCUGGUGUUUCUGUUCAAGGUUAAAUGUGGAAAAAUGAAGGUCUGCUUCACUUCCUGCUAAAUUUGCCUUCAUGUCUGAACAAGUGUCCUUAAACGCACCAUCAGCUUCCAGCCGCACCAACCGGAUCAAACCGGUUGGUCUGCUAACAGUUUUUGUAGCUAAUGAGCUAAAGCUAACCCUACCUGUGUGACAGUUGGGGUUAAAGGUCAUCAUAGAGGAAGCUGCUGUUUCCUCUCUGUUUGCUGCCUUUUCCAGUGUCUGUCUGUCCUCAUGUCCUUCAUUUCAUCCUGCGAACUAAACUAUGCAACGAAGCGACUGAAACGCACAAACGUCUCUAAAUAAUCCUCCAGAACCUCCAUCUGGACCGUUCUGAUGGACUCAGUUUGAUGGAUGAAGUUGUUUGUUUUGAACUGGAACUCCAGACGUUUUCAGACUGAUUCAUCCUCUGUUUGGAUCAGCCGAUCAGAACCUGUAGAACCAACAGAAAUUAUUUAACGACGCGUUUGUUUAACCAGAGGUCUGAUGUUUGCUUCUUGGCUCUGGAUGGUUUUUAUUUAAUGUUCAGCUUGGUAAUAAAAUGUUCUGAUGAA